CACAGGUGCCGUCACGACGGGGCGCGCGCAGGCGCAGCAGCAGUCGUAGCAGCAGCGUGCUCUCCCAGUGCAGUCAUUAAGCGCGUGUGUUGUGCUUGUCCGGCCUGGGGCCGGAGGGAGUCACAUCUUCGGUUUUUGGUGGCAUCCAUCGCGGGCAGCAGACUAGUAAAGGGCAUGGCGCCGGCGGAAAUCCUGAACGGGAAGGUGGUCUCCGCGCAAAUAAGGGAGCAACUGAAGAAGCAGGUCACCCAGAUGAAGGAGCAAACUCCUGGCUUCACCCCUGGCCUGGCAAUUUUGCAGGUGGGUGACAGAGAUGAUUCCAAUCUCUACAUACACAUGAAGCUGAAGGCUGCUGAAGAGAUUGGGAUCAAAGCCACUCACAUUAAAUUACCGAGAGUGUCCACGGAGUCGGAGGUAUUAAAGUAUGUCACUUCCUUGAAUGAAGACUCCACUGUACAUGGAUUCAUAGUGCAACUACCUUUAGAUUCAGAGACUCCUAUUAACACUGAAGUGGUCAUCAAUGCCAUCAUGCCCGAAAAGGACGUCGAUGGAUUGACGAGUAUCAGUGCCGGAAAACUUGCUAGAGGUGAUCUGAAUGACUGCUUCAUUCCCUGUACGCCUAAAGGCUGCUUGGAACUCAUCAAAAAGACAGGGGUGCAGAUUGCCGGCAGGCACGCCGUGGUGGUGGGACGCAGUAAAAUAGUCGGUGCCCCGAUGCACGACUUGCUUCUGUGGAACAAUGCCACCGUGACCACCUGCCACUCCAAGACGGCCAACCUGGACAAGGAGGUAAAUAAAGGUGACAUUCUGGUGGUGGCAACUGGAUGUCCUGAAAUGGUGAAAGGAGAGUGGAUCAAGCCUGGGGCCGUAGUCAUAGACUGUGGGAUCAAUUACGUUCCAGACGAUACAAAGCCAAGCGGAAAGAAGGUUGUGGGUGACGUGGACUACAGCGUAGCCAAAGAGAAGGCGAGCUUCAUCACUCCUGUCCCUGGCGGUGUGGGGCCCAUGACUGUGGCCAUGCUGAUGCAGAGUACGGUGGAAAGUGCACAGCGUUUCCUGGAGAAAUUUCAGCCAGGAAAGUGGACCAUUCAGUAUAACCAUCUUAACCUCAGGACACCUGUUCCCAGUGACAUUGAUAUAUCACGGUCUUGCAAACCGAAGCCCAUUGGUAAGCUGGCUCGAGAAAUCGGGCUGCUCUCAGAAGAGGUGGAGUUGUACGGAGACACAAAGGCCAAGGUCCUGCUGUCAGCACUAGAGCGCCUGAAGCACCAGCCCGAUGGGAAAUACGUGGUGGUGACUGGAAUAACUCCAACGCCCCUGGGAGAAGGGAAGAGCACAACCACGAUCGGGCUGGUGCAGGCCCUUGGUGCCCACCUGCAUCAGAAUGUCUUUGCGUGUGUGCGGCAGCCUUCUCAGGGCCCCACCUUUGGGAUAAAAGGUGGUGCGGCAGGAGGCGGUUACUCCCAGGUCAUUCCCAUGGAAGAGUUUAAUCUCCACCUCACUGGGGACAUCCACGCCAUCACUGCAGCUAACAACCUCGUUGCUGCAGCCAUUGAUGCCCGGAUGUUCCAUGAACUGACCCAGACAGACAAGGCUCUCUUCAAUCGUUUGGUACCAUCGGUAAAUGGAGUAAGAAAGUUCUCUGAUAUCCAAAUCCGAAGGUUACAGAGACUAGGCAUUGAAAAGACAGACCCCACCACACUGACGGAUGAGGAGAUAAACAGAUUUGCAAGACUGGAUAUUGAUCCAGAAACCAUAACAUGGCAGAGAGUGGUGGAUACCAAUGAUAGAUUCCUGAGGAAAAUCACUAUUGGACAGUCUCCAACGGAGAAGGGGCACACGCGGAUGGCCCAGUUUGAUAUCUCUGUGGCCAGUGAAAUUAUGGCUGUCUUAGCUCUCACCAGUUCUCUGGAGGACAUGAGAGAGAGACUGGGCAAAAUGGUGGUGGCAUCCAACAAGAGAGGAGAGCCCAUCAGUGCGGAAGAUCUGGGGGUGAGCGGUGCCCUGACCGUUCUGAUGAAGGAUGCCAUCAAGCCCAACCUCAUGCAGACCUUAGAGGGCACUCCGGUGUUUGUUCAUGCUGGUCCAUUUGCCAACAUCGCGCACGGGAAUUCCUCCAUCAUCGCAGACCGGAUUGCACUCAAGCUUGUUGGCCCCAAGGGCUUUGUCGUGACUGAAGCGGGAUUCGGUGCAGACAUUGGCAUGGAAAAGUUCUUUAACAUCAAGUGCCGGUAUUCCGGUCUCCGCCCUCACGUGGUGGUACUUGUUGCUACUGUGAGAGCUCUUAAGAUGCAUGGAGGUGGCCCCACGGUAACGGCUGGGCUGCCUCUUCCCAAGGCCUACACAGAGGAGAAUUUGGAACUGGUUGAAAAAGGCUUCAGUAACUUGAGGAAGCAAAUAGAAAAUGCAAGAAUGUUUGGAGUUCCUGUUGUGGUGGCCUUGAAUGCAUUCAAGACAGAUACAGAAGCAGAGCUGGACCUUGUCAGUCGUCUGGCCAGAGAGCAUGGGGCUUUUGAUGCCGUCAAAUGCACCCACUGGGCGGAAGGAGGCAGAGGAGCCUUAGCCCUGGCUCAGUCGGUCCAGAGAGCAGCACAGGCACCCAGCAGCUUCCAGCUCCUCUACGACCUUAAGCUCCCAGUUGAGGAUAAAAUCAGGAUCAUUGCACAGAAGAUCUAUGGGGCAGACGACAUUGAACUGCUUCCUGAAGCUCAGCACAAGGCAGAAGUCUACACGAAGCAGGGCUUUGGGAAUCUACCCAUUUGCAUGGCCAAAACGCACUUGUCCUUGUCGCACAACCCAGAGCUAAAAGGUGUGCCUACCGGCUUCACUCUGCCCAUUCGUGAUAUCCGUGCCAGUGUCGGAGCUGGUUUCCUGUACCCGUUAGUAGGAACGAUGAGCACAAUGCCUGGACUCCCUACCCGGCCCUGUUUUUACGAUAUUGAUUUGGACCCCAAAACUGAACAAGUGAAUGGACUGUUUUAAACAGGUCAUCCUUCUUUAUGAAGCUAGCUUGGCCGCUGUCUGUUCAGGCCCACUGUGAGGAAGCGUGGGCAAGCCUGCUUUGAAGAUCCUCAGAAAUAAAUAGUGGGGGCUUCCCCAGAAGCCUUUCUGCAGCCUUAAUUCUCAUCAUCAUGUAUAAAUUAACAUAAAUCAUGCAUGUGUCUAUUUACUUUAGUGAAAGUCCACAGAAUAAAAGGAAUAAUUUUGCUA